CGAUGUGGUAAUGGUGCUCCCUCUUCUUCUAAACCAUCUCCCAAGUCCCAUCCAUCCCCAAUAAAACGCUUCCUUCCUUCCUUCACCUCUUCGUUCUUUGCUCCUCGGUCCUUUCACGCCAUUGCUGCCCACCUUAUAGCCUUACCGAGGAAAACGGUUUGAGAUGGCAGUCUUUUAAUAGAGCUUCACUCCAUAGCUUGAAUAUCUGAGCAAGUUAGCACCCAGGUCCAAGAGGGUCAGCCAUUCCCCUUCACUUCAACAGAAUCGGAGAAAGCCGCCGCCGUGAAUACCAGCUGCUGCUGCUCCAAUUUCGGUCCGGUGACUAUAGUUGGGGGCGGCCUCUGGGGGACUGAAGCCUAGCUCCCGCGCUCAUAGUACGUCGCCGUUUCUAACCCAUUUCGUACAAAACGGCACCGUUCCUUCUUCCUCUCUCAGCAUACCGUCAUUUAGUCUUCCCUCUCACUCAACACGAGUCAAUUGGCUGAUCACGAUCAUGCCCAAAAUCCUCAGAACUAGGGUUUCUUAAUCCGUCCAAUUCGUGAGCUGCUGCAGCAGAAUGUCCUCCGAUGAUAUGCCCCUAGUCUCUUCCCAGAACGGCCUCAAUUCCCAGCUUCUUUACCGGGAAGACCCCUUGCGCUUCAGCUCCCAGCGACGGCUCGGUGAUCCGGGUCCUAAAACCCGAGAACUGGCCGGUUUCAUCGACGACAAGUUGUUCUCCUCUUCUUCUUCCCCCGCGGCCACCAACCGUUACUUCUCCUCCUCCUCCCCCGCUACCCACCACCACCAAGGUCCUCCGGCCUUCGCUCGAAAUGUCUCUGCUGCUGCACGGAGCCCGUCCGGUGACCGGCAUUGGAGCGUGCAAGGGAACCGAGCCAGCGGCGAUGAUGAUUCAGGAGAGGAAGAGGAGGAUGACUAUGAUGACGAGGAAGACGAUGAAAUGGAGGACGAUGAGGAAGUGGGGGGAAGGGAUGGUGAUCAUCAUGGUAGUACGGGAGCCGGCGGGAUUGUGGGUGGUAUUGAUAUUAGCAGCGGUAGGGUGGGUAAUAACAAGCACAGUGGUACCGACGACGGCAAGACCAUUGAGGGUGACAAUAUUCAUAGUGGAGGUAACGACCUCCGCAGCAAAAUGGGAAAUGGGAAUGGAAAAGCCAAAGAUUUUUCCAUUUGUGGGUCUAGUGAGGCAGUGGUGGUAAACAAAGAUGGAGGUGGUAGUCGUGGUCUAGGGCAAAAUGCAAAUGCAGGAGUAACAGUAGCAGACCGGGAUGGUGAAAUGUACUAUUCGCAGUAUUUACCGACAGCAGAUGGGUCUGGUGGUGGGGGAAAGGAUAUCGGAGUGGACAAUAGUUUUGGAGGGUUCAAUGGUAGGAAGGAUGGUUCUUCAUUAUCAAAUGGUUCUGGAGACUCUUUGAGGGCCAUUCUAUCGGAUCCUGUCACGGGAGCUCUGAUGGAGGAUGCAGUGAUACUGCCUUGCGGACAUUCUUUUGGAACUGGAGGUGUACAGCACAUUAUGAGAAUGAAAUCCUGCUACAGUUGUUCAAGGCCAGUUUCAGAAGAAUCAGUAUCUCCUAAUCUUGCACUUCGAGCUGCUGUACAGGCAUACCAACGGGAAGAGGACUUGCAAAGUUACAGAUCACCUAAGAGGAGGAGAGAGAGGUUUGAGCAGGAGAGGGGUAGUUAUGAUGAUCCGAACACGAUGGACCCUCUCAGGGGUAGAGGUGUUCAGUUCCCGUUUGCUGUUACUGACCGGGUCAUAAUAAAGGUUUUCCUCAUAAUAAUAGAACUUAACAUGGAUCAGGGGAACAAGAGGACACCAGAGCGUUUCGUAGGACGGGAGGCUGUUGUCACCACACAAUGCUUAAAUGGAUGGUAUGUGGUUAAGACGUUGGACAAUGCAGAAAGCGUAAAAUUGCAGUAUCGAUCCCUGGCAAAAGUUUCAGAUGAUGCAUCCUCCUCCAGGAUAUCGAGCAAGAUGACUCCCAACUGGAUAUAGUCAGAUAUGGAAUGGGACUUUUACUGUUUUACAGUACUGGUAUGCCACAUUGUCAUAAUCCCUAACCUAAUUAUUUUUGGCGCAGCCCAGCUAUGGUUGCAACUGGACCGACUUUGUAUUAGAUAGCAACUUGUUGCGUGUACAUAAAGAACACAUAUAAUUGUACCAUGUAAUGUUUGUAAUGAUUGUUAUGGUGUGAUUUGUAUAGUAUCACUUUCAUUUUGGCAUUGGUUUCUUGAGAAUGAUGGAAUCCUUGGAG